AUGGCGCUAGCGGCGGCCGGAACGCCGCAAAUCACGGCGCAACAGCCUAUGCAGAACGCCCCGCCACUGCAAAGCAACGGAACCACGCCGUUCGGCACCGCCGCCUUCCCCCUCCGCGCCGGCGCUGGCGGAGCCGCAUUCGACGCUCACUCGCUCGCGGCGCGCCACAUUGGGGGGCUAGUAGCCACCGGAAACACCUCCGCGUUUAACUCCUCUGCUGACGUCAUCUCCAGCAGCAACUUUGGCGAGAGCGCCUUCUCCGAAAGCGGCUGCGUCGGCGGCGGCGGUGGUGGCGGCGGAGGCGAGAAACUCAAGAACGAAAUGGAGGAUGGGUGGGAGUCCUUCUCACCCCAACCACGCCGGGCCGGGUCCCUGCCUGGCAGUACCACCACCACGCCGACCCUGCCCUCACCGCCUUUUUUUGCGGGUCAGCCGGCCCAGAGGCUCUUUGGCAGCCCCCCUGCUGCUGCUGCUGCGUCCAGUCUCGGACCCUCCAAGCUAGGAGUCACAGCCGGCCCUGCUACAGCCGCUACAGCCACUGCCGGCGCUGUCGGCGCAGGUGGGAGCCGGCGGAGUGGGUCCAACAGCGGCGACCGGGCGGCACGAGCCUCGGCCGGCGAGGAUUCUCCGGUUCGGCAGAGCGGGCGGCAGGGCGACGCUGCGAGCGGUGGCGAGGCGGGCGGGGCGGUGGUGCAGGCUACAGGUUCGGGAGAAGCCGGCGCGCACGGCAGGGAGAGCGGCGACAGGCUCGAUCAUGCGUCGGGCGGCAACUCUCGGCGGGUGGGCGGCAGCGCGGGGGAUUCCGGGCUUGGCGUGAAGGCGGAGAAGCGGCAGAUCAAGAUGAAAAGCCAUGUGGAGAGCCAACGACGCAAGCGUAUCAGCGAUGGGCUGAAGCGGCUGCGGGACUCGGUGAAGGGCACGGGUGACACUGCUACCAUGUUGGACGAGGCAGUGGCUUAUGUGGAAGGGCUCAAGGCUAGUGGAGACCUCAACAGGGGGCAGGUGCACCUCUCCUAA